AUGGCGAUUUGCCUGGCAGCUCUGGGGCUCCUCGCUUUCCUGCUCGGCUGUCCCGGAACCUUUGCCGAUCCACAAAACUCGGAGCGAGCCGCCAAGUGCUCCCUGUGCGGCAGAUGGGUGAAUGACCUCGGCUCCAUCAUGGAGAUCUACAGCGUCAGUGACAUGGGGGUGUUCAGCGGCCUCUACAAAACGGCAGUCUCGGGCUCCGGCAAGCCCGUCCCUCCAUCCCCGCUGCAGGGCAUCCAGCACCAGGGGUCCCAGCCCACCUUUGGCUUCACCGUCAGCUGGAUACUCAUUGAAUCCACCUCAGUCUUUGUGGGCCAGUGUCUGGUGGAUGACAACGGAGAAGAGCACUUGAGCACAACCUGGCUGUUGCGUGAGAAGGUUGGAUCCGAGGCAAAGGAUUGGGGGGCGACCCGGGUUGGCACAGACACCUUCUACCGCAGCAAGUGA